CGCGGUAUAAAACGUCACAUAACAAGUUUUAAACUCAAGCGGCGCUAAAACAUGUACGAUUUUUGCUAAUUUACCGAGUAGAACACACGAUAGAGGCUAUAAUAUCGCUUUACAGUUUGUGUGAGAAACAUCUAUCCAUUCAAAUGAAUCGACAAAAACAUUACAAGCAACGGUCUGAAGAUGAUAUGCGAACAAAGAGAGUGGAUCAAAAGUCUGAAAUUAGUAGACGACAACGUGAUUCAUGUUUGACACAGCGUCGAAAUGUUGGGUCGUCACUGAUGGAAGAAGAUCAUGGAGCGACCAAAGAAAAUGUCGACCAAGGACCUACUAAACAGCAAUCAGGAAUAAUGGAAAGGCUGCAGCAAUGGAAAAUUAAGCGAGAUGCCCAGAAGCGAACAGAAGCACAUAAGCAACGACCUAUUUUUAAAGUUGGCGCAAUAACAUAUCCUCCCCUAGGCAUGGGUUUGAAAAGUUCAAAACCAGAACCACUACCACCAAAACAUCCAGCCAACCCUCAAAAGGCGAGACUACCAGCUAUGGCAAACAAAACAUCUCAUCACCGAAAUAAAGAGCCGAAGCCAAAACAACGCACCUCGGCACGUCUCAUGCAGAAGGUGAAUAAAGUAGAGCUGGUGCCUGCCAGAGUUACUAGGAACAGGUCUCGGCAAGCGACCAAGAAGCCAGAGAGAGCCACCAUUGCAAGCAAAUCGCCUCUUGUGGAGAGUUCGUCGGCGCGACGACCGGAACCCGAUACGACGCACGUGUCGUAUCACCGAGGCGAGACGUCCUUCGCGCCGGCGGAUUUCAACUUCACAUUCGGCACCUCGAAGCCUUUUGCUUUCGCCCCGAUGACACCCACCUCAGCAAGCAGUUUUUUGGUCCCAUCCACGAGUGAUAGUGGCGACGCCAAUGUCACUACAAACAGGCGGUGUUCUACACCAAUAAGUGAGGUUAAACGAAACCCACGACUUGAGCCUGUUUUACCCAGUGUGGUGUCUGAAUUGAAACUGGAAGCAAGUAAUCACAGCACAGAGAAACCAGAUCCAUCUCCAUCGGGCGGCUUGAAACAAUCUAGCCAGAAACGAACAAAAGAUUCCAAUUCAAAACAACGCAAGACAUCAUCUGUUCCAAUAGCCGACGAAGACGAAAACAAUUCGGCCAAAAAGACGCGCCGCCACGUGGCUGUUGCCACGGUAAUUGAGCAGUCUGUCCUGGAUGCGGACAUAAUUGUCCGGGAUGCGGACAUAAUCACGCCUUCCAACCGAGUAACGAGGAGCAUGGGCCGUUUCGUCAGCGAGUGCCAGCCUCGCUCCCUCACCCCACCCCGGGGGGUGCAUCAGUCUGCCGAAUCCUUAGAGCUUCCUACGCAGAAUCCGCAGAGCAGGAGUCGCGGCGACGAUCCUCAAACUCCCGCGCCUGUCAACAAUGGUCCGACCCAGCCGCCAGGGGGCGCCACUGAGAAGGCGGUGUUCAAGACGCCGCACCUGCCCUCCGGCAAGAAGACUCCCUUCUCCGUCGUGCGGGCGGUGAACCGCACCUUCCCGAUCGGCUCGAGUCCGUUCGUGACGGUGCGCCCGCGGUCGGCCGGCCCGCGUUGCUCCAGCAGUGACUUGGACGAGAUCACUGACUUCUCUCCGGAGCAGCUCGACUUUGCGGAGGCCGGGUGUGACCUGGCGGGGAGGGAAACGGACUGUGUGGAAAUCGAGGCGCGUUCGGUCCAAGACGACGAACCAGAGCAGACGUCCGUGCCGCUUCACCUGCUGAGGCACGUCGGUCAGGUGCUGCCAUCUGUCGAGGAAUCGCCAUGCGAAGUAGAGGACAGGAGCAAUGGGUCUACUACUCACACAGAGACAAGCAGGUCUGUCCAGUACUUCAAGGACUUGUUGGUCUCAGAAGCGCUGCGACUAGAGGCACUCUGUCAGCAUGCAAAUGAUGUGUACUGUGCUGUGACGGAUCUUAGUGAGGAUUUACAAGGCCAGAUUAGAACUGUCGUAGGACAAGGUCAGCUGCUGAUGCAGCAACGGUUCAAACAGUUUGCAGGCUUGCUGCACAAUUGCGAGUUUGGACUUGGGGAGAAAGAAACUACCUGUGGUGACCUACAGGGAUUUUGGGACAUGAUAUAUUUUCAGGUUGAAGAUGUAAACGAAAAGUUUUCCAAUCUUGAGCAAUUGCAUGCCAAAGGAUGGAAGAGUGAGACACCUAAACCUAAGCUGCUGCCUAAAAAGAAAAAGAAGACUGCUGGCACGCGAACAGGAGCUGCUCAGAAGGAUAAGAAGGCCAGUGCAGCGUCUGUGGCUGCACGAGCGCGCAUCGCUGCAGCGCGCAUCGCUGCAAGGCGUGAGAAGAAACAGGAGCCUGAGCACGCUAAUGAACAACCACCUGAAGCAAAGUCAUCGCCAUACUCCCCCUAUGCGCAAGUGGCCAAGGAAAAAGCAGUGCGCGUGUCAUCAAUGCAGAGCCCUCGGGUGAUGAUGGUGCUGGCCUCUCACGCACGCUCAUCCAUGAGCCCACUACCAAUGUCAGCCUUGAGCAGUCUCCAAAACUCACCUCUUCAUACUAGCAAUCGGAUGGAAACUCCCUGCAAAACACCUACCAUUGCGAAUGUGGUUCCCCCUUCUGCAGGCAAACACUCUGUCAACGGGUCACUCGAAAUGCCCAAGUCGGCAAUGAAGGAUCAUCGUUCACCUUACUCGCAAACUCUGCGCCGGUCCGUGCGCAUUAUGUCACCUCCUGCUCAUACCACAAGGGCCGGAUUGUCGCCCGUUCCAGGUUUUACGACCCCGGACAGUAAUACGGAUACCGACGAGGAUGCAGAAGUGCUGAAGAAAUUCCCGAACCUGAGGAUCGGCUUCACACCCAAGCGCUUCUCGACAGAGAACCAAGUUCCACUGUCGCCCUUAUCCAUGCAGAAGGGUGGGCCGCGACGCAGCAAGAGAUUAAGUCUCUUGUAUACACCAAAGAAACCUGAUGAUAAAGAAAACCAAGGCAUCGACCACAAUGACUUGAUGUCGUUUGACUCACCGAUGGCUGUUUAGAAAGGUGUUUAUUAAUUAUUAUAUGUAAAUAUUGCAUUGUUUACAGUGCUCUUGUGCCCGUCGGGUCUAUGUCUCCCUGGGUACUGCCGGAACGAAAUUAAAUUUGAAAACCCAGCCAGUACUGAUUCCAAAUAUUUUUAUUUCUACUAUAUAACCUAUGGUAAAAUCCAUAUAAAUAGGCCAGUCUUGUUUAAAAGUUACCAGUGCUAAGUUGGGUGACAGGCUGCCAUUUCCAACACUGUUAACAGUGUUAUAUGCCCAUCCCAGUCCAUCUAUAGUCCCAUGUUCCAUCACUUUUAGUAUCUGUGUUAUCUGAAGAUUUAUGUCACCGUCUGUUUUCUGUUGGGUAUCGGCAUUAGUGUUGACUCGCUAGUCACUUCCCUCUACUGUGGCUAGUCGGGUCUAUGUCUCCCUGGGUACUGCCGGAACGUACCCUGGUAACUUCUAAUAUUCCGGACCGUACCUCGCCUAC